AUGGACAAACAAAUCGAGACUUGGGUAGCCUCAUGCGGGAGAUGCCAGGAAACCAGACCCAGCCCUCCCUCCGCCCCAAUCCUGGAAUGGGAAACCCCCAGGGGACCAUGGUCCAGGAUCCAUAUAGACUUCGCCGGACCAACCAAGGGGCACACAUUCCUGAUAACGGUCAACACUUACUCCAACUGGCUGGAGGUAAGCGCCAUGAAAUCCACCACCACGGAGGCUGUUAUCAAAAAACUAAACAAACUAUUCACCACCCACGGCCUACCAGAUAUGCUGGUAUCAGACAACGGGCCACAAUUUACUGCACUGGCAUUUGAAAAAUUCCUGGCAGAAAGGGGCAUACGACAUGCGUUGAUAGCACCCGCUCAUCCGGCGGCGAACAGGCGGGCGGAACGCAAGGUUCGUUACACAAAAAAUACCAUACAAAAAAUCGAAACCGGGGACAUACAGUAA